CUUCCGGUAAUUUCUGACAAUGCACUGACCGUUCUGGAACAAUUCUGUCGUUUCCUGAUUUUCCCCACGGACCUUUGCUCUGUUCUGCUCGUGUCCCUUACUGGAUUUCUACCUCUGCCAGGCAUUUGUCGCAGUUUUCAAAACCCACGAAGGUUAGAGGUAUGAAACGGCCACUCUCCCCCUCCUCCUCCGUGCCACCCGUGGCACGCGCCGCCCUAGGCAGGAGACGGUUCAGGCCGAUACAAUUGCUCUCCGCCAAAAAGAGCUCAGCAGGAUCCCAACGUCCCGGCCCCAAAAACACGGAAGCCCCGGUCGGGACCAGACGCGGCAGGCUUAGGGUGAAUGUUGGAUGCGUGCCCAAAAAGGUCAUGUGGAACACAGCAGUCCACUCAGAGUUUAUUCAUGACCAAGAGGAUUAUGGUUUCCAGAACUGUGAUGUUAAGUUCAAUUGGCGGGUUAUCAAGGAGAAGCGGGAUGCCUAUAUAAGCCGGCUGAACAUCAUCUAUCAAAAUAACCUCAUCAAGUCCCAAAUAGACAUUAUUCGGGGCCAUGCAUCCUUCACAAAUGACUCUGAGCCCACUGUGGAGGUGAAUGGGAAGAAGUACAAAGCUCCCCACAUCCUGAUCGCCACAGGGGGCUUUCCAACCAUUCCCAGUGAUGACCAAAUCUCUGGUGCCAGCUUGGGAAUAACCAGUGAUGGCUUUUUUGAGCUGGAAGAUUUACCCAGGCGCAGUGUGAUCGUGGGCGCUGGGUACAUUGCUGUGGAGAUAGCGGGCAUCCUUGCGGCCCUCGGCUCUCAGACGUCAAUGGUGAUACGGCAUGAGAAGGUGCUUCGGCAUUUUGAUAAGUUAAUUAGUUCCAACUGCACUGAAGAACUAGUGAAUGCUGGUGUCGAGGUCCUAAAGUACUCGCAGAUCAAGGAAGUGAAGAAGACCUCCGCCGGCUUGGAGGUGAAAGUGAUGACGGCUGAGCCCAACAGAAAAUCUACUGUCAGCGUGAUCUCCAAUGUGGACUGCUUGCUCUGGGCCAUUGGGCGCACCCCAAACAUCAAAGGCUUGAAGCUGAACAGGGUGGGUGUUCGGACCGAUGACCAAGGGCACAUCCUGGUUGAUGAAUUCCAGAACACCAAUCGAAAGGGCAUCUAUGCUGUUGGAGAUGUGUGUGGAAAAUCUCUUCUUACUCCAGUCGCAAUUGCCGCUGGAAGGAAACUUGCCCACAGACUGUUUGAAUGCAAACUGGACUCCAAGCUUGACUAUGAAAACAUCCCAACUGUUGUCUUCAGCCACCCGCCGAUUGGAACAGUGGGACUCACAGAGGAUGAAGCCAUUGCUAAAUAUGGAAACGAAAAUGUGAAGACUUAUGUGACUACCUUUACCCCUAUGUACUUUGCGGUGACUAAAAGGAAAACCAAAUGUGUGAUGAAGAUGGUGUGUGCCCACCAGGAAAAAAAGGUGGUGGGGAUCCACAUGCAAGGAAUUGGAUGUGAUGAGAUGCUGCAAGGCUUUGCAGUGGCUGUGAAGAUGGGGGCCAAAAAGGCUGACUUUGACAACACGGUGGCCAUCCAUCCGACUUCUUCUGAAGAGUUGGUCACGCUCCGCUGAAAAAGGGAGAAUCUUGGGGACCACUGCCAGUUGCCAGAUGCCUCUUUUCUUGUUCCUACUUUGUAGACUGUAAAUUUCAGUCAGUUCCCCUUAUGGUCAAAAAGAUUUUCAAUAAAUAGUAGACAUGA